AUGAAUAUUCACUAUUCUAAGACGCUCCCAGACAACUGGGAAUCUUUGCUUGAAAAAUACAUUGCCGCAACGCGUGAUAACGACUACAUCCGGACUUGUGCUGAUCGAGAUUUACAUGAUCCAUUCCUCAUCCGAAGCCAGAGGAAUGUAGACGCCGCUGUACUAAAAGCAGCUCUUUUAGAAAUCCCUGCAGAAAAGUUAGAAGAGGGAUUAUUCGUACCUGGUGUAGGCGGGACACGGGAGCUCAACUUUGCUCCUCCACUAGAGCGGGAACCAACAGCUAUUGGAGGGACACGAGCCGAGAUGACUCAGAAAGAGCGGAUGGAUGCAUUAUUAACGAGGGUACUGAUUUCCAUUAUUGUAGGGGCUUUCCUCACUGUCCCUAUGUGGCUUAUGAUAUCAGUAACGACCCCAUAUGCAUCGCCGAUUAUAACAACCGUAUUUGUCUUUGUAGCCGGUAUUGCUGCAGCACGGGUGCUUGAUAAUGAUCUCGCGGUUGUCUCUGCUACGGCGGCAUACGCUGCUGUACUGGUUGUUUUUGUAGGUGCGAAUGGUUCUUCGACGUAG